UUUCAGUUAGUUUACACAUCUCAAGGCAAAAUGAAUAACGUCCGAUUUGUUCUUUUGUGUCUUUUAGUUAGAGUAAUCGGUUGCGAUUUUAAUUGGUGGAGAACUGCUAACUUCUAUCAGAUCUAUCCAAGAUCUUUCAAGGAUUCUAACGGGGAUGGUGUUGGAGAUCUGAAUGGGAUAACUGAAGGAUUACCAUAUUUGAAAUAUUUAGGAAUCAAUGCUAUAUGGAUAUCACCAAUCUUUGCAUCACCAAUGAUGGAUAUGGGUUACGAUAUUUCAGAUUUUUAUAACAUUCAUUUUGAAUACGGGACCAUGCAGGACUUUGAGCGUCUUCUUACAACGGCACACGAUUUAAAAUUAAAGAUUCUCUUGGAUUUUGUGCCUAAUCAUUCAAGUCAUGAAAACGAAUGGUUUAAAAGAUCUGCCGCAGGUAAUGAAGCCUAUAAAGAUUUCUACAUUUGGUAUCCAGGGAAAGAAGAUCCAUCUAAUCCUUUGAGAAAAGUUCCUCCGAGUAAUUGGCGAAGUGUAUUCCGUGGUAGCGCAUGGACCUUUCAUGAAGGUCGAGGUGAAUACUACCUUCAUCAGUUCGGUUACCACCAACCAGAUUUGAACUAUAGAAACCCACAAGUUGUAGAAACUAUGAAAGAAGUUUUAAGGUUCUGGCUCGAUAAAGGUGUAGAUGGUUUCCGUGUUGAUGCUCUUCAGAAUCUUUUUGAAAUUCAACUUCAAUCCAAUGGACAGUACCCAGAUGAGCCAUUGAGUAACUUAACAACUGACGAAGAUAGCUUUAAUUAUGUCGAUCACAUUUACACUAUGGACCAACCUGAGACUAUUGAAAUGAUUUAUCAAUGGAGAGAAGUACUGGAUAAGUAUACCAAGGAAGAUGGAAAUAUGAGAACCAUGAUGGCAGAAGCAGAUCCAGAAAUUGAUAUUUUGAUGAAAUACUACGGAGACGGCAUACGGAAUGGUUCCCAUAUUCCGUUUAACUUUAAGAUGUUACUAUAUCUAAAAAACGAUUCUAAUGCCAUUGACUUUAAGGAGAGAAUCAAUUUGUGGUUAGACAAUCUUCCUGAAGAUUGUGUGGCUAAUUGGGUGAUGGGAAAUCAUGAUCGAGGACGUAUUGGAACAAGAUUUGGGAUUAAUCGCAUUGAUCUCAUCAAUAUGAUCAUUAAUACGCUACCCGGUAUAAGCAUUACAUAUUAUGGUGAAGAAAUUGGCAUGACUGAUGUAUUUGUUACGUGGGAACAAACAGUUGAUCCAUCUGCUUGUAGCUCCGAUCGUGAUAGUUAUGAAGAAUUUUCAAGAGAUCCCUGUAGGACUCCCUUCCAGUGGGAUAGCUCUACUAGUGCUGGAUUCUCAACAAGUCCCAAUACCUGGUUGCCCGUAUCUUCAUUGUACCAGCAAGUGAAUGUUAAAGUCCAAAAAAGUGCUCCACGGAGUCAUCUCAAGGUGUACCGGCAGUUGUUGCGUCUCAGACACACGGAGACUCUUCAGAAAGGAUCCGUUGAGAUUCGUACUCACGGUCAGAAUGUCCUCAGCAUUACGAGGAGACUCUCUGGUCGUGAUACCUACAUCACCAUCGCUAACAUCGGUGGUAAAAGAGAAUCAAUCGACAUACGAGAAAUCUUUUCCGGUCGUUUAAUUUUCCACAUCAUAGCUGUAAAUUCCAGAAGGCGUGAAGGAGAUUCUGUAAGAGGCCCUAACAUAGGCUUGGAACCUCAUGAGGCCUUCAUUCUUAGAGGUGUCGCUUGAAUUAUUGUAUAUUAACCUUUGGAAUGCGGAGGCCUUGGUAGUUACGUAGAAUGCGAAGGUGGGGUCGUUGAACGACCCCAAAAAGAAGGCCAAUUUUCUCCCAAACUAUACAACCUGGAGUUGUCGGGUUAGUGCCUAUAGAUUCCUUAUAUAGUCCUCUUGCACCCUGCACCACAAAUUCGCCGCCCUAAAAUACUUAGAAGGAGAUAUUAGGGAAAAACAUUUUUCAAUCAUUUUUCACAAUUUAUUUUUGAGAAAUUUGCCAAGAAACUGCAAUUUUUUUUCACUCUUCCCCACAUUCCCCUCACUUCCCGCAACGUGAUAAAUGGCAAUAUUUCUCGAAUAUUCUUUAUUGUUUUGCACAUUUACAUGCUUCUAAUUAUGUUUUAUGUUGUUUAUGCUCAAAAAAUUUUCCGCAGCAUGACCGUUACACCAAUUUUUGAAUUCCCUUCUUCUACAUUUUCCUUAAUAACUUUUCUUGUGGUGGUCGGAUUGAGCUGAAAUUUUUACACAACCUCCUCAGAUAACCAAAGAACUUAUUUCCAAAAGAUGGGAAUGGUAUCUUUUAUAUUUAUGGAGAUAUAACACGAAAUAUAGCGCUGGGGUCGUUCAACGACCCCGCUCCGCAUUCCAAGGGUUAAAUUGUAUUUAACAGUGAAUGAAGAAAAUUAAUAAAUUUAAAUGAGUUUGAUUCGUCUGAUUUCA